AUGAAGCUCAGCCUUGGAAUCCUUGCCCUGGCCGCCGGAAGCCUCAACACGGUUUCGGCGUUUACGGAAACCUACUCAUGUUACAGCAAGAAGUGCACUGGCGCGUGUACACCGUCCGAUGGUGGACGGGACGGAACCCCCACUGAAGUCCAAUGGGGCGAGGGUCAAGCGUGGUGCUAUCUCAAGAAGACUGGUAGAGUAUCCGGCUCAGACGACCUACCCAUUACGUGUUUGGAUGGCCUUGGAUGCAGCAACCCAGCGUCGGGAGCGGUGUGUCUGACCAAGGAUUGGGAUGAGAACAUGGGCGGGUGUUCUGUGUGA